UCUAAACUGAGUAAUGCAAGAUGGCGGCCUCCACGAAGUUGAAGCAGGUUGGUCUUAUUGAUAUUGGACUGAAUUUAACAGAUUCCAUGUUCAGGGGCAUCUACCAUGGCACACAACGACACAAAGAUGAUCUACUUGAUGUGUUACAAAGAGCUUUUGAUGUAGGACUUAAAAAGAUGUUUAUCACUGGAGGAAAUCUUAAGGACAGCCAAGAAGCACUUGAGCUCGCUAAGACAAAUGAUGCCCUUUUCAGCACAGUGGGAUGUCAUCCGACACGGUGUAAAGAGUUCGAUGAAGCCCCAGGGGGUCCUGAUGAAUAUUCAGCAGCUUUGCUGAGUCUGGUUCAGAUGAACAAAGACAAGGUGAUAGCGAUCGGUGAAUGUGGCUUGGAUUAUGACAGGCUGCACUUUUGCCCAAAAGAGCAACAACUCAAGUACUUUGAAAAACAAAUGGAGCUGUCUGAAGAAACAAAGCUUCCUUUGUUUCUACACUGUAGGAAUUGUCACACUGACUUCAUCGAUAUCCUGAAGAGAAAUCGAGACAGAUUCGUUGGAGGAGUUGUUCACACAUUUGACGGCACCAAAGAGGAAGCCAGUGCUUUCUUAGAUAUGGGUCUCCACAUAGGCAUCAACGGAUGUUCUUUGAAGACGGCAGCUAACAUUGAAGCAAUGUGCUCUGUCCCCAGUGACAGACUUCUGAUUGAAACAGAUGCUCCAUGGUGUGAGAUUCGACCAAGCCACGCUGGAUCCAAACAUAUAAAGACGACGUACCCCUCUAAGAAGAAGGAGAAAUGGGAGGAGGGAUUCUGUGUUAAGAGUCGGAAUGAACCUUGCCAUAUCAUACAAGUCUUAGAAGUCAUGGCUGCUGCCAGAGAAGAAGACAUCGAGGAAUUGGCCAAGAACUUGCUUGACAACACGGAAAAACUUUUCUUUAGGUGAUAUCAACCUUGAUGGUAGAUGGACAUGCAGAAGUUAUUGUAGCACUGAAGAGGAGGGAAAGGCCCUUGGGACGAGACGCUAACUGUCCGCUCGGGGAGUGUUUCAAUAGUCGGAGCAUUUGGAAUGUUCUAAUUCUUUAUUGAGAGAUCGCCUGAAACCAUCACAAGGCCUGAACAACCACUUCAAGGUGAGGGCUACACUAAUCUUAUUUGGGCUGUUGAACCAGGGGCAUGUUUCCACCUACUCCUGGGGCUGAAAAGGGGGAAAAUCUCCUUCAUUUGUAGCUUGGGGUAACAUUGUCUUGGUUCAGCGGAACAAUCAGACGGUUCACUGGAUUGUAGGUAGACGCCACCGGAAAGGUUCUUUUGCACCAGGUGCCAAAUUUUGAGAUGCUCCAUUGCUAGUGUAUUUGUUUUCUAUUUUUAAUUUCUCUGAAACUUUGUCGAUUGUCCUAAUAAAAACCAUCACUUCAACAAGUUAUUUUUCAGAAAAAUACAGCUAAAACUUUUGGUAUAAAUCAUUUUAAAAAAGAUCCUUAAGGCCCGGUCCCACUGCAGCGAUAACGAAAACGAU